ACAAUACUACAAGUAAGAAUAAAAAUAAACUUAAGAGUAACAUACAAUACUACACUAUAACAUUUUAGAUAAAAAAGAACAAUAUAGACAAUCUGAAUAAAAAUACAUAGUGUGUUCUAAUACAGGUACUGAAGUGUCACUGUAAAUAGACAUGGCAGACUAUAUAUGACAGUGUGUUGAUUUAAACAAAGUGUAAACAAGAGUAAAGUGACUAGAGACAGGUUAAAGUGACUGGUGUUUUACAAAAUAUUGCACAAUGGGCUAACCUGCAUGAGGGAUCAUGAACAUGGGCCCUACAAUCAGCAAACCCACAGAGCCCACGUGGUGAAACUGAAGAAGCUAAAUGGGAUGUAGCCAUCACUCAUCACUUUAUUAUUUAUUACACCUGUACUCUUUCUACUGUGCCAUAUCAAGGUGUCUUACAUCCAGGGUGACCUCAGGUUGAUGCAACACAUGGCAAAAAAUAAAUAAAAGUUGUAAAAAAAAAAAAAAAAAUACAGUCUAAGUUGAACAUACUUCUCUACCAAGCAACAUCUGAAUACACUGCAUCAUAAUUAUGUAACCAUCACCAUCAGCAUACUGGCAACAGUUAAGGAACAACAGUAUCAGGGAUGGCAAGUGGAGGAGCCGUAAAAGAUCUCCGGGUGAAGCUUGUACUUGCGCAUGCACUUGCAACGUUUCUUUGAUUUUUCAAUCGCAUGAGAUCAAUGCGGACGCUCAGGAGAUGCGGAGAAUCAUUUGCCUCAGAUUCCUCUGCAUAGUGGAGGCACUAUAACAGACCACGUGAGAGGAAUAUUCAAUGACGGUCCCCGACAGACCGGUUCAUCUCUGCUGGUGCUCCUCUGCUGCUGACAUGGACUCUUGGACACUGUGUUUUCUCAGUUCCCCACAAACAGAAGCGGAGGGAGGGCGCUACUUUGUCUGAAUGUAACCUUUGAUCCUUUUACUGUUCUUUUUCUUUGUUUUGUUUUUCUUCUCUUUCUCUUCAUUCUCCGUCUUCUUCUCUCCUCCACAAGUCAAACAGUUUCAGAGGAAGAGGGGGGUAUGGCUUGGCCGUGCAUCAGCAGAGUGUGUUGCCUGGCUCGCUUUUGGAACCAGUUCGACAAAUCGGACCUCUCCGUCCCGCUCACCAUCCAGAACUACUCGGACAUCGCCGAGCAGGAGGUGCGGUCCGUCACCAAACAGGUCUCAGCCUCGGAGCGCGCACCUGGGAAUGACUACUCAACCCCGGACCCGCGUAUCGCCGGCUCCCCUCAGACGCACACAGAUGGCCCGGGGACCCGAGGAUCUUUCAGGGCACGGAAGGAGCCCCGUUAUAAGCCCCGGGAGGACUACCACCCGCCCGGAGUGCCUUUCCCCAGCGUUACGCAGUACAAGCAGGAUUUCAAACCGUGGCCCAUUCCCAGGAAGGAGAAUUUCCCUUGGAUUAGUAACGGGGGAAGCAGGGCGGACAGUGUUUUGGACAGCCCGGUGAACAGUUACCACAACCAGGCACAACCCGGAGAGAGCCGGGGGGAGAGAGAGGAGCGGGGCAGGGGGCAAAGGUGGGGGGAGCAGCAGGGGAUGGAGGAGAGAAAGACCAGCUCCUACAGGCAAGAGUACAGGCCGUGGACAGGGGCAAAACCAGCCAAAAGUGCGAGGAGAAAUCCUCCAGCUCAGUACUCCAGCCCAGGGACAGAGGCCACCAAAGUCCCACGUGAGACCAGCUACCAGGCAGCCUACAGUGCGGAUGGCCAAAAGUCCAUAGGGUUACAUCAGGGGGAGCACGUCAUCCCGUCUGCCAGCACUAAUAUACAACCUGCUGCUGUACCCCAGCCCAUCCCACCAAGCCCCUCCAUCCUCCAGCAGAGCAUCCUGCCUGAGAAGACCGAGUCCAGUGGAACGACCAAGGCAGAGGAACAUCUGGUGAGGACCAAGUUCCCUCCGAACCCUUCAGCUGUCUUUCAAAGCGGAUCGAGGGUCUUCAACAUCUGACAGCCGCGCCAAUUUCCAACCAUUCCACUUUGAUCGGUUUCAGUUUUAAGGAAUCAACAGGGGAAUGAUUUCAGUCCAUUCCACAACACAAGAAUCUAUGCAAGGGAAUGUAUUUGUUGUGAAGCCCGGUGGAGCUGCAGUGUCAGUAUCCCGUGAGGAGACAGAUAGAUAGACAGACGCCUCCCCACUCCCAUACCCAACCACCCUUUUACACUCCUUCCUGCCCCUGUUGCUAUGGAAACGAAUAUGCAUGUAAGAAAAUAGUUUUAAAAUAAGCUUUUUUUUUUUUGUUGUUUGUUUUUGCAGUUAUAGAUGCACAAGAAACUGGCUGCUCUGUGCGUGUUUGUGCGCGUGGUUUGUCCUUCUGUCGUACACAAUGUUGAGUCUGCUCCAACAAUGAAUGACACGAUUGGUCGUUAGGUGUGUAUGCUUAAAGAGUACUAUGUUGCCCCUCCCCCUUUUGGUGUUGCUAGAAAUCUGCUUGAAAACAUGUUAUUUAUUUCCUCAGUAUUCAAUUAGUUUGCCAGUUUGAGAAAGUACUGUUUGGUCUAUUAUUUUGUAAAUCUAUUGUUGAAGAAAAAGAGCAAAUAUAUGAUGUAAGUGAAAUUAUAAUAAAAGAAUAUUAGGUUCUUAGCACUUUC